AUGAGGUCCCUGGCCCUCGGCCUCUUCUGCCUGUUGUGCUGUAAUGCAGUUCGGCUGGAGAAAAGGCGCCCCAGACCCCUCACAGCCAAAGGACGAAAUGAGACUACUGUCCAAACCAAAGCAGUGGAGAACCCUUGCAAAGGCAUCCCGCUGGAUUUUGUCUUUGUAAUCGACAGUUCCCGAAGCAUCCGCCCCAACGACUACGAGAAGGUCAAGACAUUCAUCAUCAACCUGCUUCAGUUUCUUGAGGUCAGCCCUGAUUCCACACGUGUCGGUCUACUCCAGUAUGGUAGCGUGGUCCAGAGCGAAUUCUCUCUCAACACCUUCGACACAAGGACUGAGGUGGAGCAGGCUGUGAGGAACAUGGAGCACCUCGCCACAGGAACCAUGACCGGUCUAGCCAUUCAGUACACCAUGGAGACGGCUUUCAGCGAGGCAGAGGGAGCACGACCGGCAAACCUCCAGAUACCACGGAUAUGUAUGAUUGUGACUGAUGGGAGGCCUCAGGAUACAGUGGAGGAGAUUGCAGCUGAGGCAAGGAAGGCCGGCAUCCAGAUCUUUGCUAUUGGAGUGGGCAGGGUGGAUAUGAACACCCUGAAGGCCAUAGGGAGUGAGCCACACUCUGAGCAUGUGCACCUGGUGGCGAACUUCAGCCAGAUAGAGAGCCUCAUCUCGGUGUUCCAGUCCAAACUGUGCGGAGGUUCAGAGAUGUGUGAUGUGGUGGACCAUCAAUGCCAGCAUAUCUGUGUGAGCAGCCCUGCCUCUUUCAGGUGCAAGUGCAUGGAAGGUUUCACCCUCAACCCUGAUGGCAAGACAUGUAAAGCUGAGGAUAUUUGUGCAGAAGUGGAUCAUGGCUGUGAACACAUCUGUGCCAACCUGCCUGAUGGUUACGAGUGCCGCUGUCGUCCAGGGUAUCAACUCAACAUAAACGGGAAGACAUGCAACAAAAUAGACUUCUGUGACCUGGGGAACCACGGCUGUGAGCACGACUGCGUCACCAUUCCAGGCUCCUACAUCUGCAGAUGUAAGAAGGGCUACGUCCUCAAUAUGGACAGCAAGACCUGCAGCAAGAUUGAUCACUGUGCUGAUGGCACCCACGGGUGUGAACAGGAGUUCAUGAGCACAGAGGACUCCUGUGUGUGUAAAUGCAGAACAGGCUACACACUCAGACCUGAUGGGAAAACAUGCAAGAAGGUUCACUACUAUGCCCUUGAUACCUUUGGAUGUAAACAGGAGGUUAUAAACUCAGAUGAUUGCGUGUUUAAAUGCACAAAAGUCUGCACACUAACAUCUGAGAAAACAUGCAAAAAGAUUGAUCACUGUGCUGAUGGCACCCACGGGUGUGAACAGGAGUUUAUGAGCACAGAGGACUCCUGUGUGUGUAAAUGCAGAACAGGCUACACACUCAAACCUGAUGGGAAAACAUGCAAGAAGAUAGACCAUUGUGCUGACGGGAAACACGGCUGUGAGCAAGAGUUCACGAGCGCAGAGGAUUCAUGUGUGUGUAAAUGCAGAAAAGGCUACACCCUCCGACCUGAUGGCAAAACAUGUCAGAGUCUGGAUCUGUGCCAGACAGUGGACCACGGUUGUGAACACCAGUGUGUCAGCACCACUGACUCCUACAUCUGCAGAUGUUUUGAAGGGUUCAUGCUGGCGGAGGAUGGAAAGAGCUGCAAAAAAUCGGAGUGCGGUGAGACAGUCAUGGAUCUAGUUUUUGUCAUUGAUGGCUCCAAGAGUUUGGGCCCUGCCAACUUUGAGCUAGUCAAGCAGUUUGUGAACAGUAUUGUGGACUCGCUGGACAUCUCCAGGACAGGCACACAUGUUGGCCUUCUUCAAUACUCCACCAAGGUCCGCACAGAGUUCACCCUGGGCCAGUAUACCGCAGCGCAGGACAUCAAGCGAGCUGUGGCGCGGAUGCAGUACAUGGGGAGAGGAUCCAUGACUGGUUCAGCCUUACGCCACAUGUCUGAGCUUAGCUUUUCAGCCAAAGAAGGUGCCAGGCCGAACAUCCCACGUGUUAGCAUUGUCUUCACUGAUGGGAGAUCACAGGAUGAUGUUUCUGAAUGGGCUAAUAGAGCUAAAAACUCUGGAGUCACCAUUUAUGCUUUGGGUGUUGGCAAAGCCAUUGAACCGGAGCUGAGAGAAAUAGCAUCAGAGCCUGAUGAGAAGCACCUUUAUUACGCUGAGGAUUUUGAGAAAAUGGGAGAAAUUGCACAGAAACUCAAAUCCAGGAUAUGUAGAGAUAAAGCAUCUGAUGAAAACAUGUGCCAGUGUGAGAACGUGAUAAUGUUUCAGACCCAGGUCAGCCAGAAACUGAAGAACCUGCUACAGAAUAUUGAAGCCUUGUCAAAGAAGAUGGAGACACUUGAGAAUCAACUUGUGCUCAAAUGAAAGGCUGAGACUUCCCUCCCUCUAACUGCAGCAUAGCAUUUCACAGGAUCCCUUUAUUCCUGCUCUACGAGCUACACUGAAAUAUAUGCAAAUGCAAUGCUUUCUA